AUGACCUCUUGGCCGACAGCAUCUACUCAUACGCCACAGUCUUCCUGGCCUUUUGCCACCAGUGUGCAGUCACCUAUCAUUCGCGCUACGAAACGACGACAUGAGCCGGAAGAGGAGUCGGAGAACAGGUCAGCACGGGACGAUGAGAUGGAGAGAAGCCCGACACCAGAGCGACCAAAACGUGCCGCGCCUAAACGGGCACGCACGACACCUGCGCUGCUGCUGGCCACUAAGAACGAAGAGGGAGCGAAGGAGACCAAGGCCCCUACGACAACUGAAGAUGUUGAUGUCGAUGUCGGUGUGCUUCUUGCAAGUCUGCCCCCACAAUCUCUCCUUCCGCUCCUCUCCUCGCUGCUUGUCGCUCAACCGUCUCUGAAGUCCACUAUCCUAUCGCUGAUUCCGAGGCCGACGCUGGAGACGGCGUUACAAGCGCUCGCCACCGCAGCGAAUAAGCUUCGCGACGCAUAUCCUUAUUCAAGUCCACCGUUCUCGCAGGGCACAUCGUCUACAUCGUUUGGAUUUGGCAGCUGCGCGUAUGGCCCCCAACGUCGGCCGAAUUCAUCAGUAUUUGGUGCUGGACGGCCGUCCUAUGGACCCUCUGGUAACUCAACAAACGGGAUGCGCGACGAGUACAUCCUUUCACGCCUUCGGCCGCACAUAUCGGAAUACAUAUCCGCCUGCUACUCGUAUCUGCCCUAUUUCUCAUAUGUUGCAACGCCGUCAGAUGUCGGUGCGUCGGGAGCACACAUGUCGCAGAGACAGUCACACGCCGCUGCGCUCCAGUCACAACACAAGGACCGAUCACAUCCUACCGAAACAUUCCUCUUCCUCUCUUCCCUCACUUCACACAUUCUCUCGCAACCGCCCCUCACACAGUCUGCUCUUGUUCCCCAAAUUCUACCUCGAUUAAUGGAAGAGUGGAAGGCGUGGGUGGACCGUGUAGACCAAGUCGUCAAUCUCGAAGGUGGCAUGUUCGGGUCGGAAACAGUGAGGACUUGGGAGAGUGGACUGGAUGACUAUGCGCAAGCGAAGUGGGAAGGCUCCGAGGUAAUGCGACAGAUGCGCGAUCACUGGGUUGCAAAGGUCGGCUGGCUGGUGGGGAGACAGCCAGUACAACCAAUGGAAGAGCUGUGA